GCCGCUUCUCCGAGCUGGACCUGCACAUUCCUGCGCUGAGUGUCAGAGGGAAUCACCCACAUCGGAACAGCGGGGCAGCUCUGUCACGCGAACCCCGGUCUGCGCGCGUAUAAAAGAGAGGAGAGCGCGCGGAGGGCCAGAGGGACGGAGCGGCGCGCAAUAUGGCUAAGUCAGUGCUGAUCGUGUACGCUCACCAGAGCCCAAACUCGUUCAAUGCAGCAGUUAAAGAUGUGGCCGUGAAGGAGCUGGAGAAACAGGGAUUUAAAGUGACAGUAUCUGAUCUCUAUGCCAUGGAGUUUAAAGCCACUUCUACAAGACAAGACAUCAACGGAGAGCUGAAGAGCGCAGAGCUGUUCCGUUAUGGAGAGGAGAUGGAGGCAGCCUGGAGAAAUGACACCCUCAGCAAUGACAUAAAACAGGAACAACAGAAGGUCCAGGAGGCUGAUCUCAUUAUCUUCCAGUUCCCUCUGUAUUGGUUCAGUGUUCCUGCCAUCAUGAAGGGCUGGAUUGACCGAGUGCUCAUCGGGGGCUUUGCCUUUUCUCUGGAGAAGAUGUAUGACAGCGGCGUCUUUAAGGAUAAAAAAGCCAUGCUCUCAUUCACCACUGGAGCAAUGGAGUCCAUGUUUCGUCCUGAGGGCAUCAACGGUGACAUCAAUGUAACUCUAUGGCCUCUGCAGAAUGGGGUGCUACAUUUCUGUGGAUUCCAGGUCCUUCCUCCACAAAUCUUCUGGGGCCCUGCCCACUGCCCUCACACUGUGCGCACCGCCAUGUUGGAGACCUGGGGGCAGAGACUGAAAGGGUUAAUGUCCGAGACGCCACUGCAGUUCGCCUCCUCCAAGCUGUUUGACUUGAGUUUCCAGGGCGGAUUUUGUCUACAUCCGGAAGCGAAGAAGGAGAGAGAAACACAUCCCUACGGCAUCACCACAGGACACCACCUGGGAAAACCUCUGCCCCCAGACCACCAGCUCAGAGCUCCACCAGGGGGCGCUGCAGGGACACACUGACAGCACUUAUAAAGAACAAAAGUACUGUAUUUGUAUUCACUAUUAAUGAUUACAUUUUAUUAUUGUUUUGCAAAUAAAGCAGUUUAACUAAUUUUACAUACCAGCUAGUAUCGACUUUUUAUUUUUAUUUUCUUUUAUUUGUCAAACUAUAUUUUUGCAGCAAAGCAUAUAUUAUCAAGUUGCCCUAAAUAUUAGUUACAAGUCUCAAAAACUAUCUUGUCAAAUACGUCGGGAAUAAUUUUCCGGUGGAAGGUCUGCCACAUGCUUGUCUCCAUGAAGAUGUGUUUGCUUUGCUUCAAAUUUUACACAGUAUGGCAUUAAACACAGCAACUUCACCCAUCAAGCAAAUGAUGGGUGAAGUUGCGUAUCAGGUAUGUAAAGUGGAUAGGCC